GCCCUGGGAAAGCCCCACCCUCUCUGGAACCUGCUAAAUCCGGGCCGCGGGCGCUGGGGCGCAGUCGCGAGCGCUUUCUCCGGGGAGUGGAGCCCGCGGACUGCAGAGCUUCAGGAUGGUUCGUGCUAAGAACUGGACCUUGAAGAAGCACUUUGAAGGCAGCCCUACAAGUAGUAACUUUGAGAUGAAGACAGUUGAGCUCCCACCCUUAAAAAAUGAAGAGAUCCUGCUGGAAGCUUUGUUCCUCAGCGUGGAUCCUUACAUGAGGUUGGCGGCCAAAAGAUUGAAGGAGGGUGAUACGAUGAUGGGGGGGCAAGUGGCCAGAGUUGUGGAAAGUAAAAACUCGGCCUUUCCAACAGGAACUGUUGUAGUGGCUCCCUCAGGCUGGACAACACACUCCAUUUCUGAUGGAAAACAACUGGAGAAGCUGCCUGCAGAGUGGCCGGACACAUUACCUCUGUCCUUGGCGGUGGGAACACUGGGCAUGACAGGCCUAACAGCCUACUUUGGCCUACUUGACAUCUGUGGUGUAAAAGGUGGAGAAACAGUUUUGGUUAAUGCAGCAGCGGGAGCCGUGGGCUCUGUUGUGGGGCAGAUAGCUAAGAUCAAGGGUUGCAAAGUUGUUGGAGCAGCAGGGUCUGAUGAUAAGGUUGCCCACCUUAAAAAACUUGGAUUUGACGUUGCAUUUAACUACAAGACAAUAAAGUCUUUGGAAGAAACUUUGAAAAAAGCUUCUCCUGAUGGUUAUGAUUGUUAUUUUGACAAUGUAGGUGGAGAAUUUUCGAACGUUGUUAUCCCUCAGAUGAAGAAAUUUGGAAGAAUUGCUAUAUGUGGGGCCAUCUCUACAUAUAAUAGUACUCGUCCGCUUCCUCCAGGCCCACCCCCAGAGGUUAUUAUCUAUCAGGAACUCCGCAUGGAAGGGUUCCUCGUAGGCCGCUGGCCAGAGGAUGUCCGCCAGAAGGCCCAGAAAGAAUUGCUGAAGUGGGUCUCAGAGGGUAAAAUCCAGUACCAUGAAUGCAUCACUGAAGGAUUUGAGAACAUGCCAGCUGCGUUUAUGGGAAUGCUGAAAGGAGAUAAUGUGGGGAAAACAAUAGUGAAAGCAUGAAAAAGAAAAAAAAGACAAUCUAGGAACCAUUUGGAUGAUUACUUAAUUUCUUUUUAAUCAUUCAGUAAAAAUGUAUACUGCCUUCAUUAUCUAAGAAAUAUUGUAAUGAGUUUGAGCUACCUAAUAAAAUACAUUUAAAUAAUAUGUAAUUAGCAAUAGAGAAUGAACAAUUCAUAGUAAACAACAGCCAGGCACCUCAUAUUAUAUAAUGCUCCAGUUCUUGCUUUCCCUGCCUCUGGGAUCUUGGAGGUGAUAAGUUCCAGAUGGCCUAACUACAAAUAUGGGAAAGCAAUAAAUGUUGGAAUGCUGCCAGGGAAAUCAACUUUCAUUGAAAUAAGCCACUUUGAUUCUGAG